UGAUGGAGCUUAGUACCCUAGCAUGUCCUAGUCAAGCUCGGUUGAUUCUGGUUUAGUGUUCCAUCCUAAAUAAUGAAAACCUGUGUAUGCAAAAUCUAAAAAUAAAGACAUCAAAGUGGCAAUAAAAAACUGGCAAAAAGGAUCAAAACUAUGAUUAAUAUGUCUAAUAAAUUAGAAUUGUAAUUAAUAUACCUAUGGAAGUAUGGAAUAAGAGUGAGGGAGGAAACAUUCUUCCUUUCAAGUAGGAAGUUUCUAUACUAACACAACUUGACCAUCUUUCUCUAUUUUUGUUUAAUUUAGUUCCUAGUUCAAGACUGACACUACAGAGCAAACAAAUACUAACAGAAUUGUUGAAUGUGAAUAAUGCACAUGUCAGAAACUGUCUCUGUUCUUAUCUAAAAUGCAACCAUUUUGUUGGAAAGUACUUCUGGUACAAUUAUUCUUGGUCUUCGGCCUAUGUCUCAAAGAACGUACUAAAUCUAAUAGAUACAGUAUGAAGGGACAUGUCUUGUUAUUAACAUAAUCUUAUCAGCAUUCCUAACUAGUCAUUCUUCUCCCAUUCUAAUUAGCAAAUCCAUGUUCUGACAGAUUAUGGAAUUACUGAAUGAAAAGCCAAUCAAGGCUGUGGAAUGCUUACACUGCUGUCAUCUGCCAUUGCUGCUCUUAGUGGUUUUUUGAUGGGAUAUGAAAUAGGAGUUAUCUCUGGAGCUGUUCUCCAGCUGAAAAGCAUAUUAGCACUUUCAUGCCAACAACAGGAGAUGGUUGUCAGUGCUCUUCUCAUUGGUGCCUUCCUAGCUUCAUUAACCGGUGGCAUCCUCAUAGACAAAUAUGGACGACGAGUUACCAUCAUGUUAUCAUCAUGUUUACUUGUGCUGGGCAGUCUGAUUUUGAUACUCUUUGCCUCAUAUGGAUUCCUUAUAGUAGGACGGAUUGCGAUAGGGGUUUCCAUUUCACUUUCUUCAACUGCAACAUGUGUGUAUAUUGCAGAGAUUGCUCCUCCGCAUCGAAGAGGCUUGCUUGUGUCUUUGAAUGAACUGAUGAUCGUAUUAGGUAUCCUUUUUGCCUAUGUUUCAAACUAUGCCUUUGCCAGUGUAAACUAUGGCUGGAAAUAUAUGUUCAGCCUUGUCAUUCCAUUGGGGAUUGUUCAGGCCAUUGCUUUAUACUUCCUUCUGCCCAGUCCACGGUUCCUGGUUAUGAAAGGUUUUGAUGAAGCUGCUAGCCAAGUACUCAGAAAGCUCAGGGCAACAUCAGACACUACUGAAGAACUUGCUGUGAUCAAAUCUUCCUUGAAGGAUGAACGUCAGUAUAGUUUCUUGGAUCUGUUCCGUUCAAAAGACAACAUGAGGGCUCGGAUGCUGAUUGGAAUUACCCUAGUGUUUUUCGUACAAACUACAGGUCAACCCAAUAUUUUAUUUUAUGCAUCUACUGUUUUGAAAUCGGUUGGGUUCCACAGCAAUGAGGCAGCAACCCUGGCUUCUACUGGUGUUGGAGCAGUUAAAGUGAUCAGUACAAUCCCUGCCACCCUUUUUGUGGACCGUAUAGGAAGCAAAACAUUCCUCUGUAUCGGCUCUUCCCUCAUGUCUGCGUCAUUAGUCACAAUGGGCUUCGUAGUGCUUAAUAUACAUGUGAAUGCCACAACUGUUUGUAAAAACCAUUCCUUCGAAAAUACCACUUUCCAAGGAUUAGAAAAACUCACAUCCACAAAUGAAACUCUGAAGGAGCAAUUUGCUGGCAUGGCUUCAUAUACCAAAAGUCCACAAUGGAAGGCUAAAAUGGCAAAUGCAUUAGUGCAGAACAGAACAACCUUGGAAGAAGCCACAGUUUAUCCCACAAACCAAGCAGAAUUCCAGCUGAAAACAGAAGCUUUGGAAGUCCGAUCUGGUCUGAAAUGGCUGUCUUUGGCUGGGUUGCUUGUUUAUGUGGCUGCAUUCUCCAUAGGACUUGGACCAAUGUCGUGGUUGGUAUUAAGUGAAAUAUUUCCAGGUGGGAUCAGAGGAAGAGCAAUGUCUCUAACUUCCAGCAUGAACUGGGGUGUUAACCUCCUAAUCUCAUCAACGUUUUUGACUACAACAGACCUAAUUGGCUUACCAUGGAUAUAUUUUAUUUAUGCCCUAAUGAGUCUAGCAUCCUUAGCUUUUGUCAUCAUGUUUAUACCUGAGACAAAAGGAUGCUCCCUAGAGCAGAUAUCUAUUAAAUUGGCCAAACAAAAGCACACAAAGAACAAUCUUUGCUGGAUGGGCCGCCGGCAGGAUCAGCUGAUAGAAUCAACUAUAGAACUUCCCAACAAAGAAACUCAUCAAGAAUUAUACUAGACAGAAGAUAGUGAAUGUAAACAAUGCUAGAAGGUUGUUUUUUUCUCAGAGGACAAGAUGGUAGAACACUGAGAAUUGUUGCCAUUGGAUUCAUAUAUAAUAUAUAUAUAUACUCUUAACUAUAUUGCAUUUUGCAGAGGUUCUUUUGAUCAGUGAACACUACAAGAAAUAAAUGUUUUUGCACAUUUUGA